CGCCCCUCUCUCUCUCGCGCGCGAACCCCACCCAACCCCUCGUCUCCAACCCACGACUCCACGACUCCUCCUCCUCUCUGGAUCGAUCCGCAACCGCUUCCAACCCAGCCGCCGCCGCAGACCUCCCCCAAUCCUGGCCUCCUCCACGCCGAUUCAAGCGACACUCCCCACUUCCAGAUCAAACCCUAGCCUGAGACCCCUUCCUCCUCGAUGGCCAACCCCUCCAUGGCGGCCGGCGGCGGGGUGCCGUUGGCGGAGGGGGUCCGCGCCGUCGGGGCCCAGAUCCGCAACCGCUUCCGUGUGGCGCCCGUCGACCGCGUGGCUGCGGCCCUGGCGACGCGAUGGUAGCAUCGGCCCUGGCGGUGUUGGCGGCGGCGAGCCAGUCCCUGAGAAACCGCGAGAUCCUCGACGCUGUGGGCACCACCGCGGCGGCGCUAAGCACCACCGAUGCCGAUGGGGUCCAACGAGGCGGACAAGCCGCUGCGGCGGAUUGGCGCGUCGUUUGAGCAGCUCGCGGUCGUCUCCAAGCAGCAGCAGCCCGCGAUGGCGGCGGGGGACUUCUCGCGCGCCUGCUCCAACGUCUCCGUCCUAUUCUGCUGCCUCGGCAUCGCCUUCAAGUUUGCGGAGAUGGACUACGUAGCCAAGGUCGCGGCGACCACCAAGAAGACACCCAACUCCCGCACCCCGAACUACCCUACCCGAGCCUGCCAUUGCAGCUGCUGUGUCAAGUCCACAACAUCACCAUGCAUGCUGACAAGGACAAUGACGAGGUCUACGCACAGAUGACUCUGCGACCAAUAAACUCUGUGUUGUGUGUUCUGGAAGAUGGAAGAGGAAGAAAACCUAUUUUUGUUGAACUAAAUUUUCUGUAUUCUGUUUUGUUGUACGUAUCAUUUGAUAGUUUUGUAUAGGAACAAGUGAUACUAUUUUGUAGGGCUUUAUGGCAUGUGAUGUAAACAUAUUUAGUGUUGAAAUAUGAAAUUAUUUGCAAAAUUUGUCGA